AUUCAAACAUUACUUGAAAAAUAAACAUCUAGUUGAAUGAAAUCAAAGUUUAUCAACGUAGUAAAUAUCAAUUUACGCAUGAACCUAGUUUACGAGUGCAUCAACGCUAGGGUUGUGAUAAUCUCAUUAAUAAACCCUGUUUAUAAUUUUAAUUGAUUAUAGAACGUACUUGAAGGACAGACGGGGGACAAGGACAUAAACUUACGUGAAGAACAUCUAUAGUUUUUGAAGGGUCUAAAGGGGAGAAAUCAUUUCACGUAUACAGUCUUGUGCGCAGGCCCAAGAAACUACUGAAUUUGAGCAUGCAAUAUAACGGAGGAUCGCUUCAUACAUGAGGAAAGUUUGGUUCCGUGCCACAUACUUUAUUUAUAUAACUUGUACCAAAGACGGCAUUGACGUUCUUGUUUCCUGUGGUAGAUAUCAUUACAGGAAUAAGUCAGGUUAGACUUAUAUAGCUCAGCUACAUCACAUAGAUUAUUAAUAAUACGUUUGGUGCUAAGUGUAAAUAUUUCGAAACAAAGAUGUCCAUUCUGAGCAGCAUCCACGAGACUCUUGGAAUACCUACCAUGCUCAUUUUCACUACGGUGUUUCUACUCUCUCUGUGGAUUGUGACGAGACGCCAGAAGUACUCUAAUCUUCCGCCAGGACCCCGGCCUCUCCCUUUCAUUGGGAACCUUCUGCUUCUCAUAAAGACACCAUCAACAUAUAAAUUAUUCCACGAGUUGGCUCAACAGUAUGGAGGUAUCUUCACUAUUUGGUUUGGUUCCCAGUGUACGAUUGUGUUGAGUAAUGUCGACACCCUGAGGGAAGCGUUUGUGAAGAACGGUGAGGUUCUCGGCGGACGCCCUAGAGGAAAGACUUCAGAAGAAUUAACAGGCUACAAUGGUAUAACAGCAAAUGAUGGAGAAUCUUGGAGGGUGCUGCGAAAAUUCAGUCUUCUAAGCCUUAGGAAUUUUGGAGUCGGCAAAAACUCCAUGGAGCUGGAGACCAGAAUACAAGACGAAACCAAAUGGUUGCAGACAGAGAUAUCGGGAUAUAAAGGCGAGCCAUUCGACAUUGCUGAGCUUUUUAAUAAGGCAGUAUCUAAUGUAAUAUGUUCUAUAUGUUUUGGAGAAAGGUUCGAUUAUAAUGAUGGAACAUUUAAGAAACUCUUACAUAUGCUGGAUUUCUUUUUCGCACAUGGAGGUCCAAGGACAGGAUCCAGGAAAAUGUGGAAACAAGUUGUUGAAAAUGAUCGAGCUAUUAAAAGGUUUGUAAAAGAAAAGAUUGAGGAGCAUAGGAAGACGUACAGCGGUGACACAAUUAGAGAUUUUGUCGAUUUGUACAUUCAAGCAGAAGAAAACGAGGAAGAUAAGACACACCUAACAGAGGAGAACGUGUUCCAGCUCAUCGUAGACCUUUUCGAGGCAGGGACAGAGACGACCAAGACGUCACUCACUUGGGGGGUUCUUCAUAUGACGCAACACCCUCACAUACAAGACAAGUGUCAUAAGGAAUUAGAGAUAGUAUUUGACAAAGAUCACAUCCCCUCUGCCGGAGAUCGGCUGAAGAUGCCUUAUACUGAAGCAACCGUGUAUGAACUACAGAGGUGCGCUAACAUAGCGCCAGUAACAAUUCCCCAUAGGGCACAAGAGGCGACAUCUGUUGGAGGCUACAUCAUACCGGCAGAAGCUAUGAUUUUUGGAAAUCUCUUCUCAGUUCAUAUGGAUAAAGAAUACUGGGAAAAUCCUUCAGCAUUUAAUCCCGACAGAUGGAUUAAAAAUGGCAUGGUCAUAAAACAUGAGAAUUUCAUGCCAUUUGGAAUUGGUCGUAGGAUAUGUUUGGGAAAAGACCUAGCAAAGAUGGAACUGAUUAUCAUGUUUAGUGCCCUAAUGCAAAGGUUCUCAUUCAAAUUACCUGAUGGCGCUGUUGCAGAUAUGGAAGGAGUACAGGGAAUGACCUUGACACCUAAACCCUUUAAAGUGUGUGCUAUCGAUAAAUACCUUUCAUAA